UGCGACAGCGUGAGGAAGCGGCUGCGCAAGAGACUGAGACCUAGUAGUCGGCCAUUGCUGUGAGUCGUGGCUGUGUAAUAAUACACAUACAGAGAAAGGAGAGUGACGCCUUGGCUGACGGAGGAACAUUUUGGUGGUAUUUAGUGACAUUUUAUUUAUCAGCUGGAGGAAAGCUACUCAGUUCUUGAACGGCUAGGUUCUGGACUUUUCAGCAUCCGGAUAUGUCAUUCAUAUUUGAUUGGAUUUACAGUGGUUUCAGUAGUGUACUGCAGUUUUUGGGGCUGUACAAGAAAUCAGGCAAAUUAGUGUUUCUUGGUUUGGAUAAUGCUGGCAAGACGACACUGCUGCAUAUGCUCAAAGAUGACAGAUUGGGACAGCAUGUACCAACUUUACAUCCCACCUCUGAAGAGCUGACAAUUGCAGGAAUGACAUUUACUACCUUUGAUCUGGGUGGCCAUGCACAAGCUCGUAGGGUAUGGAAAAACUACCUCCCUGCCAUCAAUGGUAUCGUCUUCCUGGUUGACUGUGCAGACUUUGGCAGACUGGCUGAAUCCAAAACAGAACUUGAUGCACUAAUGACAGAUGAAACAAUUGGAAAUGUGCCUAUCCUCAUCCUUGGUAAUAAGAUUGAUAGACAAGAUGCCAUCAGUGAAGAGAAAUUAAGGGAGCUUUUUGGGUUGUAUGGACAGACCACAGGGAAGGGUAAUGUUCCAAUGAAAGAACUGAAUACAAGACCACUAGAAGUCUUUAUGUGCAGUGUCCUGAAGAGGCAAGGCUAUGGAGAAGGCUUUCGCUGGCUGGCGCAGUAUAUUGACUGAAGUGCAAAUCCUAGAGUCCGAGCUGGAGGCAAUUUCACCAUAUUCGAUCCCAUGUCUGAUUAAAAGAAAAAAAUUCUGCCUGAACUAUCAAAACAGUGUCCAACUUGAAUCCAAUAGACUGUUAUUGGUUGACCAUUUGGUUAUAAACUUUCACAUUUUUCCUAGGCAAAUAAUAUAGCAUCACAUAUGCUAAAACAUUUUAAAUCUGCACCUGGAGAGGAAGGGGGAAUAUAUUCCCCCGCCCAGUUUUGCUGAGCAUUAGUAUGUGUGAACUUGACAAUGUGUUAAAUCUGUAAUCUGUUAAAUUUCUUUCGGCAUAAUUGAAUUUUUGUUUCAUCCCCGUCCCCACCCGUUUCCUUCAACAUAAUCUGUCUCCAUUUUGAAGAGUGCAAGUGAACACGUAUUUGAAUGCAUCUGAAUGGACUUUUUAACAGGAACGACUACAGACAUGUGACUAGUAUUUAAUGAUUGUCAUGAUAAAUUUUUAUGUUUUUUUUUUUUGAAUAUUUGGUUCAAUAAACCUAGAAUAUGUAUCCACCUAUAUUCUGCUAUUUAAAAACACUUUUUUGUUGUAACUCUUCUUACUAGGAAAUGCCUUAAACUUGAAAUCAAAGAGGAAGGUGUUUUAAAUAAUACUCUGUACUAUUUAAAGAAUUUUUAAAAAAUCACACACAUACAUGAUAACAUGGAGGAGAACCUUACCAGUUAAUGGUGAUGGUGAAAUGUCAGAUUUAUGGUUCAUCUACGCUUGACUGAAAUGUAUAUUUUGUUAUAUUUUCAUGCUUGGGCUGAAGAAUGUAAAAAAAAUGAAGACUAGUAAGGUAUUUAUAGCAAGUAUAUCACUGCCUUUAAAAAUUAAUUGGGAAAAUGGCAGUUAGAGUAUUGGGGUUUAUUUUAGAUACCCAUAAUGCAGAGAUAAGGUCUCUUACCGUAAAGUGUGCAGAUGGUCUGUGACAAAUUUAAAAUGGGUGGUAUAGCAUUCUAACUGAAAAGACUACACUGUUGGAGAGCUCUGUUAACACAAAAUAAGUAUUUUAAUAGCAGUCAUGCACUCUUUUACAUUAAUGGCAUUCAAUCAUACUGUAUGCUGUUGGCAUCCAAGUAAAUUUAAAAGCUCCAAGCUGCAGUAAUCCUUCUGUUUUGAGUUGAAAAAGCUGUCAUGUUGACUCUGCAGAAGAGAAUGCUUUGCUGUACUUUUCAAAUGCUUUUAAAGAUUUGUGGAGGUAAGAGAUACACCACAAGCAGCUGUUCAGAUAAGUAUAUUUCAUUGAGGAAAAAAACGUAGUAUAGAAAAGAAGAGUUGAAUUCCAUUUUUCUUUAUUGUGCAGGGCAAUUUGAUUUCAGUUGAGGUUUAUUUUUCCAGAAGCCAUGUAAAAUUUCAAGUUGAGAUUAACUAAGAACCACAUCUGAAAAAUCAUCUACAGUAGUGAAAAACGUUUUGAAUAGUGCCAUAUGUGGUAUAUUUUAUUAACUGUAACGUAUAGUCGACAAUCUGGUUAUUGUAAUUUUAAUCAAUUUAAAAUGCUUUAAUUUUAGUUAGUUUAGUACUUCUUUCUUUUUCCCUUUCAGCCCUGAAUUUUUAACAUUUACUAAAUAUGCUAACCUUUGUAGAACUGGUAUGAGGUUAAAAGGUAACUGACAGGUUUUGAUGAAAAAUAUAUCUUUUGUUGGUUUGUGAAGUAGUAAGCAAACAGUUUUAAUAAUUCUAAUUGCCUUUAGACAUUUAUUCAAAAAUAAUUACAGGAUAAGGCUGAAAACUUGUCUUGCUUGCUUUUUGAAAUUCAUAAUUUACUAGCCUGACAUUCUCUGCUGUGAUUAAAUACAUACCUGAUGGAGUGCUUUACGUUUUAUCUGUGUUUUAGGUUACGGUUAUUGAACACUGUUUUUAUUUCAUAACAUGAAGAAAAACAAAUUAAUGUAUCCCACAUAUACAAAUGUUUUUAAAUGAGUCAUACUCAUUAAAACUUAAGAUUUAGAAUGUGAUUGUAUGUGCUUUUUCGUAUUGCCAAAGGUAUCUAAAUUUAAUUCUUUUUUUUUUUUUUUUUUUAAAAAGAACACCAUGCAAGCAAACCCACCACCAUCUCUGAAACAACUGAAAGUGAGCAGAGCUUUUUAAAUUUCGAGUAAAGGUUUUAAAUUCUAACAGUUAUUAACACAGUUUUCUAAUUUUUCUUUACUACGGGCUUGUGAUUUGCCUGGCUCUGUGCUGAAUUAUUGGCUGUUAAUAUUAUUUACGCCCUGUGUUGGCUGGGAUUGGCUCCAGCAGACCCCCCGUUACCCUGUAGUUAGGAUACAGUGGGUUGGAUAAUGGAUGGAUGGAUAAUUUCAGUUGAUUAUAAUAGUAGUUUGUAUAAAAAUACAAUUAGCCUAUGUAUUCCUUUUUUGCAGAAGGUACAUAUUUUUGCAUGUCUUUUAUACAUCAGUGUUCAAAUUCAAUCUCAUUUGUUUUUGUGGGUCCAGGACAGCGAAUAAUGAAAUUUUACAGUUUAA